AUGGCGCCCAGAGCCGACUGUUUCUUCCGGGUUCUGAAGACUCUGUUCUUAUUCCUGGCGCUACAGUCUAACCUCUCCUCCUGCCUGUACCAGCUCUCGCCUGGAGACGUGGAGAUGAUCCUACAGGAUGCCUGUAUCGUGGCCGGCGUGUUGCCCCUGGACGAGACGGUGGUGGCGGCCCUGGUGUCGCUGGAGCGCGCGUUCCGGUACGAGGGGGGAGUUGUGGUGGGCGUGAUUCAAGCGGACUUCAGGUGGGAUACAGGUGAGAAACUGAGGUGGGCAGACGAGAGGAAACUCCCAGGUGAGAGGAAGGAUGUGGCGUUCUUCCCCCGUACAGCGGAGGACAGGAACUGUCUCAUCCUGCCGCCCAAGGUCAAACCAAGGGCACACAUCUACACAGAGUCAAGGUCACCGGAGGUCAUGCUGGAGUUCAUCAACCAGAACUGCAACACUUACAGAACUCUAGAAGGAGACGUGUCUUUCCAAGGCCUUCACCGAGACGCAAUCCUGGAGAACAUCUUCCGUGUGGCUGACGUCAGCAGUUUCACCAUGGGUGUGAAGUUUGGACUGACCAACACUACAGAACAGUGUUCGGUCAACAGUACUAGUUACACAGGGCCUACAGAGGCAGAGACUUGUGGUUUGUAUGAUGGUGUACAAAGCCAUGAAGAGUUCAGGACAGUUGGUGAAUUUGAAACAUCUGAGUCUGUAACACUUCAUGUUGAAAAUGGUGCGAGAGAAAGAUCGGAGUCACCCAGUUCAGGAAAACAGAAAGUCUCAGACAGAAUGGCAGAGUGUGAGAGAAUACCUGUAGCUAGUCGAGCAGAAUUCUUCCACAACUACGUGAAGAGGUCGCGUCCCAUCAUAAUCACAGGAGCCAUGGAGCAAUGGAACGUUUUUGAAAAGUGGUCCAACGAUUUUCUGAGAGAGAGAUUCGGUAAGGAGGAGGUUCACAUCAAGCUGACGCCCGGAGGGGAGUAUGAGGGGGUGGAGGAGGCCUCCCUGUGGGAGGACUUUGGUACGUUCCAGAUCCCGCGCCACGUGAAAGACCAGCUGAUGUUCCCCGACCUGGUGGUGGUGCGCCCCGCGACCUUGAACCUGAAGUUUGGGAAGUUUUUGGACAUGAUUGAGGAGACGGCGAGGUCGGAGGUUAAGAACAUCUCAGCGUACCUGGAGUACUCCUCCAUUCCUCAGUACAUGCCGUCUUUAGAGGCUGACAUUCCAGGUUUCCCGUUUGUGAACUCCCUGCUGACCAGACGACACCUGAACAUGUGGCUCAGCGAUGGAAACACCCUCGGCAAGCUGCACUUCGACCCUUUCGACAACCUUCUCUGCCAGAUCAGUGGUAAGAAGGCGGUGAUCCUGUUUGAGCCCCAUGACAACUCUAAGCUGUACGAGGCCCACAUCCCGGAGGCCAUCCUGGGGUAUAACAACAGGACAGGAACCUUCCGCAGGAAAACCCUGCUGGACAGCACCUCCAUGGUCAUGUCUCCUGUGGACAUACUCAAGCCUAACUUCAAGAGGUUCCCCCAGUUUGCUGCUGCCCUGCCUGUGAACUGUACUAUAGAGGAGGGAGAAGUCCUGUACAUGCCUGCUCACUGGUGGCACAGAUACAGCACAAGGUUCCCCCAGUUUGCUGCUGCCCUGCCUGUGAACUGUACUAUAGAGGAGGGAGAGAGGUUCCCCCAGUUUGCUGCUGCCCUGCCUGUGAACUGUACUAUAGAGGAGGGAGAAAGGUUCCCCCAGUUUGCUGCUGCCCUGCCUGUAAACUGUACUAUAGAGGAAGGAGAUGUCCUGUACAUGCCAGCACACUGGUGGCACGAGGUCCAGUCUUACCCCAGCUCCUCUCAGCACAGAAAUCUUGCUAUCAACUUCUGGUAUGAGCCAUUCCUGACUAAAGAGUUCCCGUGUCAGACCUGUAGCCUAGAUGUGAACCCACACUACAGGCACCUGCUGGGCUGACCUUCAACCUUUAACCUACAACCCCACACUACAGGCACCUGCUGGGCUGACCUUCAACCUUUAACCUACAACCCCACACUACAGGCAGCUGCUGGGAUGACCUU